GCCCGCCCAGCCGGCGCCGCCCGCGCUGCCACACGCACCCACUCCCGCACACGCCCGCGGGUGCCCGCGGCCUCUGCAGGGGAAGGAACUGAUCGAAACUCCAGGUAGAAGAUAAAUUUUGGAAUAAGAAGAAACUUGUGUACACUGAAAAGAAAUCACAGAAGGAUUGUUGAGAAGAGUCUAGAGUACAAGUUCCGGUAGGAAAAUGACUCGCCUGGCACGGGAGCAGGAGUUAUGAGCCAUGUCCCAGUGAGACCGGCGGAAUUAGGAGCAAAUGCCUGGAGAAGUCCAGUUGCACAGAGCAGUGCUACAGCUCUUGUGAACUGCGGGUAUCGACGCCUCUCAGACUCGCUUCUCUGGCCCCGAGCACUCUGCCAGUAAUUCCUGCCCCACGAAUGGCUACUCAGAGGAAGCACUUGGUGAAAGAUUUCAAUCCUCAUAUCACCUGCUAUAUCUGUAAAGGCUAUCUCAUCAAGCCAACUACAGUAACCGAGUGCCUCCAUACCUUUUGUAAGACUUGUAUUGUUCAACACUUUGAAGACAGCAAUGACUGUCCCAGGUGUGGCAACCAAGUGCAUGAGACCAAUCCACUAGAAAUGUUAAGGCUGGAUAACACCUUAGAGGAAAUUAUAUUUAAGUUGGUGCCUGGACUUCGAGAACAGGAACUGCAGCGAGAGAUCGAAUUUUGGAAGAAAAACAAACCUCAAGAAAAUGGACAAGAUGAAAGUCCAAAAGCUGAUAAACCCAAAGUAGAUGAGGAGUGUGAUGAAAAUGAAGAAGAUAAAGACUAUCACAGGAGUGACCCACAGAUUGCUAUCUGCCUCGACUGUUUACGCAACAAUGGGCAGUCAGGAGAUAAUGUAGUCAAAGGUUUAAUGAAGAAAUUUAUCCGCUGUUCUACUCGAGUGACUGUGGGAACUAUCAAAAAGUUUCUCAGCUUAAAAUUAAAACUUCCAAGUUCUUAUGAGCUGGAUGUACUAUGCAACGGAGAAAUUAUGGGGAAGGAUCAUACUAUGGAAUUCAUCUAUAUGACAAGAUGGAGACUAAGAGGCGAAAACUCUUACCCCAUGGUACUUCAGUAUCGACCUAGAAUUGACUUCGGUUAGACCAAAGGGCCAGAUCCCACUGAGAUGAAUCCUGCACUAUUUGUUUACCCAUCGACAGAUUGCACAAUGAAUGGAUGUGCCUGGAUUGGGGGGACACAGCCAGAUUUUCAGCAUGCAAAUAAGGACAUUGUCUUUCUUAAAAGUGUCAGUUGCAUCUCUGUUGUUUCUAUUAGAGCAAGCCAAGUGCCAUUCUGCUACUGAAAUGUGCAUAAGAUAUUCGUGUAUCUUAAGGGUGUGCUGCAAAUCAUAGCCAAAAUCAUGAAGUGUACAGUCAAGAUUCAAAAACUAUGGAAUAUUUUUGCUUGCGUGUUAGAAAAUUUUUCUGGUCCUAAUAUUGAUUACAUUAGCAAAAUGGCAGAGUGCUCAUUCCAUGUGGUGUUGCAGUUUCACACACUUACUAUUUUACUGAAUAUUGUUGUUUAAAUCAUAGAGUACUGUACAAAUAACUAAGGAUUAUACCUUGACAAUAUUUUGUAUAGAAAAUAUAUUUAGAAAUGUGGUGGUUGGGCCACUACCUUUUUCUUGAUAAGGUUCUCAUGGGUCCAGGUAUAGCUCACUCAUGAGUGUGCAACAGUCCUUUUGCAGUGAAUGAAGAUUAAUUACACUUAACAAGAGGUGUAGAAAAUGAUAAUUCAAAAUAGUAAUUUUAAAUCUGCUAAACAGAUUCUGCUAAUAUUGCUUAAAAGCAUUGCAGCCUUUGUGAUUGCACUUUUCUAUGGUUUCCCUGAAGAUUGGAAUUUGGGAUACUACCUAUUUUUGGAAAAUGGCUUCUGGUCAGAUUACAUUUCUUCUAAUUAAGCUUCCACAAAAAUUAAGCUAAAAUAAUAUAAAUAUCUAUGGAACAAAUCAAUUUCACUACAAAAUUACAAGCAAGGCAAAAUUUUACAUAAUUAUUACCUCUCAUAAUAAGCAUUUCCUUUUAAGAUUGGAUGGAGGUCUAUAGUAUGCGAAAACAAAAAUAAUAUAUAGCUUUAAUUACAUAUUGUACCUCUUGCAACUAUCUGGAGUUUAGAAUUCAUUACAGAAAUUUUCAUUAGUUAAAGUCACAUCAUAAAACUAUUUCCAUAAAAUUAGAGGUAAUGCAAUACUGAAGAUAAGCAGUCUGACCAAUAUAAUUGUUCAGGUCAUCUUUUUUCCUAAGACCUGGUAGUGCUGGAUAAAAAGUGAUUGUUGCCUUAGAUAUUGUAAGCAUAAUGGUUCUAGUAUGGAAAUUUUAUUGGGGUUUUUGGUAAUGUUGCAGGGAGCAUAGCAAUGUGUGUGUUUUCUGUAGUCUUCCAUUGUCUUUACUCUGCUUAAUAGUUAGUUGAGUUUUUCUCUUCAAGUUCUCUGGAGAUACUUAUAGUUCAGUAACUUUAUGUAAUUUCUACUUAAUAGAUGCCUGCUAGUGUUGUAGAUAGCUAUUUACUUUCUUUAUGCCUUUUGCAUACAGCAAAAAGGAACCAAAUUAAUUUUUCAGAAGCUACUGUAGAGUGAACUGGUCGUUCUUAGACAAAGUGAAAAUUCUUUCUUGGGAUCAAGUAUAAAAGAUGGAUGCAAGGCUGUAAAUCCUUUGUAAGUGUAUGUCCCUGUACAUUAGUAAGUUCUGUAGGAGAAAUAAGCAUGUUGUGGAUUAAAUUUAGCCCCUUUAAUGUUAUUAGGGGUUCUAACAUUGAUGACUUUAGGAACAUCAUACAUAAGGGGGUUGAAUUCUACCAUUGCACGUCAAAGCCCGUAUGACAACACAGAAAUAAAGAUGCUGUCAGUAGCAGUCUGUUUAGGAAACCUGCUAUUGCAGGUCAAGUUUGCACAUAUUGUGCAGGUGCCAGUGGGACUGGGGAAGCAAAAUGUUAAGGAAGCUUCUGCCCUUUUCUGCAGGCAGUGUGCUGGCCGAUACAGGCACAUGUUCAUGGGAAGGGGUGCAUGUACUGGCUGCAGGGAGCAGUCAUCUUUUUGCCCACCUAGUCUGGGAUGUGCUACUUGACAGAAAGAAGAUUUUCCAUGAAGGCAGGGCCCUUCUCUGCAGAGCCUCUAGGGAAAAAUAGAUUCUUUCUGUAUAUAGAGGUCCUCCUCAUGGAGCAGCUUGGAAGAGCAAAGCAUGCAUUCUGAUUGCAAAUCAUUUUUCUCUUUAGUAUACAUAGUUGUUUUGUACAGUAGAAAUAGGAUAUUAUUUGUAAAUAUUUACAUGCACAUACAAAUGACACCUUACAGUUUUUAUAUAUUUCCCCUGUUUUUAUACCAGAAUUUUCACUGUAGAUUCACUUGACAUAAAACAUCAGUUUCAGUUUAUCAUAAAGCUAAUGGUAGGAUGCUUAAGCAUAAUUUCUGCUUGGUUCAGGGCAGUUUUUUUCUCAGCAAUUGAGCUUGCUGUUUUGACAAAUUUGAACAGACUUGUUUUAAAAAGACAAGAAUGCAUCAUUUUUAAUCCUUCCACCUAACAGGACCCCUGUAAUAGCACUGUUUUGUGUUGGCUUUGGAAAGGCACCUAAUAGAAGCUUUCUUUGACUGUUUGAUAACUUUCUGUAUUCAUAAUUCAGAGAACCAUGAAUUCUCUCAAUCAGAACUGGACAUUGGUUUAACUCAUGGUAUUUUCUUGAUGCAAGUUAAAACUAGAUUACAGAAGACAAAUCUUCAUUUUAAGCAUGGAAAAUACUGACAGAUCUGAACCAACGUUCCCAGCUAAGAAUGGUGGCAUUAAAUGCAUAUGAGCUAACCACCUACACUUUAUGCAUUUCUGAUUUGAUGGCACAGUGCCCGAGUGCUGCUGCAGUUUAAUAGUUUUUAUAACAGUGAAGUGCCAGUGAAAUACAUAUCUUAACUGGGCAGCUUGUAUAGCACAGGCAUUGCCUUCCUUACAGGAAAUUUCUCUCCCAUAUAGUACAUAUGUGCCAUGUGUCUACAGAUAUGCAUAUUUAAUUAAUUUGUGCCAAUUAAGACUAUCUGAGCACCAUAGGAAUAUGAGAAUGCAUGUGCAGAUUCCUGUGUGCCAAAGAUGGGGUAAAGUGAAAUGAGUACCUAAGCAUUCCCUUCAGACUGCACCAUAUGCCAUCCUAGAGCAGAUGCCUGGAUAGAGUCACACUUUCUGAGCAUUCCAUGACAAAGUGUCACCACUGCAUGCUUGUAAAGCAUAGGAAUAUAAAGUAAGUGUUGCUGCCACUGUGUUUCUAUGGCCUUCCCAUAUCAGAAAUAUCUAGCUGCAGAGGGAUAAGACCUAAAAAAUUCCACACUGCUACCUAACCUUGCUGUCUCUUAUUUAGUGCAUUUGGUGCUGCUUUGUUUUUCCCUUAAACUGAAAAACUCAUUAAUGAAAGUCAUAAGCAACGUUUUGUUCAGCAUAGCUGAUUGCUGCAUUUAUCUAGUAACAAGCUGUAAGCUAGAAUUUACAGACAAGGUCCUAUAACAUCUCAAACAAUAUGGAAUUAGAUGAUUAAUCAAGAAAUGUAUCUUCCAUCAUGCAUUACUACACUGCCAGUAGCUAAAGGCCUAGUCCUAUAAACUUUUUUUUUUUUCCUUUUAAAUACCAAAUAAGAUUACUACAAUAACUUAAGUGACUCAUCACUAUAGUAGGUACUGCUCACUUGAAACCAUCUGGGAUUUGGGUCCGAGGAGUAUGCAAUGCUGUAAGUAUAUUGUGCAUACUCAGCUAGCUUGCAGUUAUUAUGCAAAAAAAAUUAUAAAAGUAUUAUUUUUACUGUACUAAAAAUGUUAUACAAAACAAAGUGCCUGAUUAUUAAUACAGAAUACCUUUUCAGCCCAUUAUUUGCAUUUGACAGGGUAAUAUUUGCUUCUGUAUUUUAUCUAUGGUCUUAAUGUUUUCAGCAAGAAUAUUUCAUAAACAUGCUGUAUUGAGAAGCUUUCAGGAGAAAAAAAGUCCAGAGUUUCAUCUCAUCUCUCCCAUGUAUAACUGUUACACAUGACCUUGGGAGAGACAUAAACAGUUUUUCCUUUUCUGCUGCUUUCUAAAAUAACAAAAUAGGCCAGGGUUUAGUCCUUUAAUUGAACCAAUUACUGAGCUUUAUUAUUUGUGGGGGUUUUUUAUGUUUUCAUGUAACUGAAGACAAGAAGAGGCAUUCACACCCUAGAAAAAAACAUUUUUGAGAGGAGUUGCAACAAAAGGAAUAGCAUGCAGCUCAGCCAGGUACUGUGUCUGGUAGAAAUACUAGAGAACAGAUAGCUGUUCAAAGCCAAUCCUAAAUCUCAAACAGACUGAGCCUUGUGUAUAGAGGGGCUACAUAAUAUACUGGUCAAUUACAUGCACUGAUCAAACUUAUUUUUAUCCUGGAAAAAUGCCAAGGUGUUAUGACUUACAUGCCUAUCCAGGAGCUUAGUCCAGUUUCUUCACUUAAUCUGGCAAGUUGAAGGCAUCUCUUUACUUCCUACGAAAAUGUAUAUAUCAUGCAGCAUAUUCCCCUCUCACUUUACUUUGUGCUUUGUUAUCUUAUUAUUUCUGUCAGUUAAAAUGUCUAAGCAGGCACCUUCUGUCCUCUAAUUCUAGGUCAUUACACAUCUUUUGCCCUUUCCCAUACUCCACCCCAUUUCGUACCCCACAAGUAAAAACAUUGAGGAAUUAUAAAGGCGAAAUUGCACAUGAGGUGUCAGCUCACAGGUUUCAUUCAUCAGGCAGCUCUCAUGGAUUUCAGCAGAGUUCUCACAGUUCUGCAUUUUGAAUCCUGUAUAGCCAGUUUGAACAAGGUCAUACUUCCACAAGGGGUUGAGCUAAAGACACUUGUUUGAGUAAGGAUUGCAGUCUGCCGGAGUGUGCUCCAGGAUGAAUUCCAAGACAUGAGGGGAUUGAUUCACCCUAAAGGAAACGUGAAAAGCUUGCAACUGCACAUUUACUGCUAAUUUUGUGCCAUAGGGAUUGUCUGACCUUCAGACCUCAGCUGAAACAUCCAUUGUAGGAAUGUCCUCCAGCAGAUGAUCUUGUAAUGUUAAUAUAUUUUUCUUCAAAAGCAGACUUACCUGUUGAUUGUCUAACUACUGUCUACAUUGUUUGUAGAGCAAAUUAAAGCAUUAGAUUCCAGAAUAGGAAUUUGAUUAAUUAAUGAAUUCCUGACAGAUUCUUCCAUCCAAGGUAUGUGCCAUAAAUCUUUCGAAUUCAGGUAGCUUGCUACUACAGUUGAACAAGGCCAUGGUUUCAUUCUCUAGUGAGUAAUUUAGGUCUGUAUGGUUCUGGAGUGUGGCAGUGAAAUGGAGGAGCUCUGUAGAUGGGUAGAAAUGUCUAGGCCAUCUUUUGCACUUGCAGAAGGAGACCACGUUCUAUAAGCUCAGAAUAGAGGAGAAUUCUGGAAUGAAAGAUGUCUACAAGUGGAAGUUUUUGCCAUUACAUUAAUUUUAACCAAAGAGAGGCAUUGGUUUGACUUUGCUUGUUUUUCUGAACCAUUAUGCAUACUUUUCUUUGAAGUUCAUACUAGAACUUCUAUGUGUAUUUUUAGGAAAUGCUUCUAACAUGGUUGACAGUUGACAGGAUGAGGUGAACAGAAGUAGCUACUGUGCAUUUUCCUUUUUUCUUGUGAUAGUGAGUGGAAAGCAAUGUAAGAUUUGAGGGAAGGUUGCUAUACAAUACACAAAAUCACUGCAACAGUAUAACAUUUUGCUGCUAGUUAACAUACCGAGGUUUUUAUUACAAGUGAAGUUGUAGUGAAGAUAUUUAUUAUCAAAGUGCAAGGCCCAUAUUUUAUGAUAGUAUUCUACUCCUAAAAUUCAGUUUUGUAUUAAUAUUGAGUAUGGUAGGUAUUGUUCCUGUUGUCUCCUGAAUAUUGAUGCAGUAAAAUGAAACAUGUUCCCUUUUUAAUGAAAAAUACCACAUACUAAUCAAUUUAAAGUUAGUCUUUGUUGUCAGGUAUUUAGUUUGUUCAGAAAAAAACAAGUGGUUUUUUUUUUAAAUAAACUACUUUUAUGAAUAAUCUGGUUGCCUAAUAGUUUUAGGGGACCCAUUUAAUACCAAAGGUAAAGCCACUCAGAAACUGACUCGGAAUAUGGCAUCGACACUUUCCUGGAGUGCAGUGGUCAAGAGGUACACCUGGAAUCAGUCAAGCAGAACUGAACCAGUGGUAGUUAUCUGUGUCACCAAGCUGAAUGGUUAGGCACACCUGGCAGUUUCCAGCGCAAAAUAGAAAAAGAAAAACACAACAGGAAUAGCAUAAAGGUUAACAGACAUGGAGUAGCUCUUUGAGUCCUAGCUCAUGUUCCCAGAGAAAAGCACAGAGGCUUGCAUUACUGAUGUGUCUGCUAUACCUGGCCUGUGAACUAACAAAAACUUCAGUGUGCUGUCAAUCCUGUAAACCUUCCAAAGCACAAAAUAGACACCAAGCUACUUUUGGGGUUUCUAGUUGUAUUUCAGUGAUAUUUUGGAGGGUCGAAAGGACAGACUUGGAGGAUAAUGAGAAGAUAUUAAGUAUGUUUUACAGAUUUUUAUAGCUAUUUUUUUAGCAAAUGGUAUUGCUGUCCUUGAUGUGAGACCAUUGAUUAGCAAGACGUGCUAAUACUUGUGCAGUAUAAAGCAGAAAGAAUAAAGAAAUCCAAAUAUCUUGAUUUCCAGGAUAGUGAUUAGCUAAACUGGAAAGUAAUCGGUCAAUUUAAUUGUUUAGCUGGCUGAAAGAUUUCAUUCUAAAUACUUACUGAUCGUAGUUUUUUUCUCAAAUACAAGCUUCUUAGCAUAAACAUGAAGCAAUGCAUCAUUUUUUCCCUUAUUGCAGACUUAACUAUUGAAAGAAAAAUAUUUUGCAUUUUCUUAAAUUAAUGCAAAGCCUGAAUUGUUGGAUGUUCCAGGCUACUGAAUAGAUGAUAUAGAGUUAUCCUCAAUGGAUUUUUUGGGGGUGGGGGCUUAAGUGUCCUUAUAUAAGCUGUGAUCCAAGUUAUGAUAAGAAAGGAGCCUAUGGUGAGCAGUAAUAAUGUUCUAAUGCUUCCUUGCAUUUGAUCAGUAGUUACCAUUUUUUAAUAAAGCAGCCCUCACAGUACUUAGGAGCUCAUAGAACAUAUUGUGAUCUUAUGUUGCUAAUUUGUUUUAAAAUAUAAAAUGUUUUAAGCUUUUUGUCAAAAGUGAUAACAUCAUAUUACAAAUAAACCUUUUUGUGGUUGUAAAAUUUAGCUUAUAAAUCAUUCAAAUUGAAGUGAAAAAAAACACAGGUCAUUGUUAAUGACAGUCUAUCCUACUAUUAAGAAUAUAUGUAUUUUUGUAAAGGAAAAGCACUUGUAGAUAUUUAAUCAGUCCAAUAUCUAUCUAUGUUAAUGUUUUGAAAAAAAAAAAAAAAAGAAAACAAAAUGCUGCUUAGAGAAUCACUUACAUAUUUUUAUUUUUUUGUGCUCAAAUGCAUUUUCUGUUGAUUUAUGGAAUCUUGUUUAUUCUGUGUGAAGCUGUAUAGUUAGUACAGCUGGGCUAAAUGCAUUUCUCACCUUAAUCAACUGUAUCUGACUAUGAUAAUAUAUUUUGUGUCUGAGCAGAAAGCUAAUUACAAAACUUAGGCUGGUGGUGCUGUUUUUCAUCUUCGAUAUUAGCUUCAUCCUGCCUUAUAACUUUUCUACUUCAUAAUAGGUAUAAAAAAUGCUACCCGUUUUUUGUGAUGUAUAUGUUUUAAUGGACAUUUCAGGGUAUAUUUGGUUAUUUAGUUGAAUCUUACUGUGCUUACAAACAUUUUUAUAAAAAGAUGACAGAAUUUUACUUACAGCAUUUAAAAAACACUCUCCUGGAUGAAAAAGAGUGCAAGAUUAGUCGAGUUUAAUACUUUCUUUCCUACAGAGGAAACUACUGUUAGGUACAUUCAUGAAACGUAAUUGCAUCACAAAAGUUUCUGAGAAUUUAACGUUUUUAAAAUUUAGAAUAAUUAAUUUCUUGUAAUAUUUUGCAGCUCUUUGAAACCUCACUUUUAACUAUAUUUUGAUUCAUCAUAAUACAUUAACACAGCUUCAGGGGGAAAAAAACCAGUAAAGCAAGAAUUUUAUUAAAGUACAGUAAGGAGUGACAACCAUAUUUGUUUGUAGUUAUUAGUGUACAAUCCAAAAUCUAUUUACCUAUUUCAGUGGAAUUCUACAGGGCUAUACUCUGUGGGCUAACGUGUUGCUCAGUUCAGCUUGACCUCAGUGGAGCGGUUUUCUUCAAUUGUCCUUGUAGCUAAGACUUGAAAUGACCCAGACUUCCCACUUUCUCACUUGUUUUCCUUUCAUGGGUGGCUAUUAUUGUUUAAAUUUAUUCUUAUUAUAUUAACCACACAGGUAAAAAAGUUUUGCAACACUGAGUGUGUACACUAGCAGUAGAACUCAUUGUUAGGAACUCAGCUGACUAAAUACUUGUGUCCUUUUCAAACUGGGGGAGAAAUUCACUCGGAGUAUGAACAUUUGAAAUGGCAUUCUCUUAUUUGUAUGCAUGCUACACAAAGAUGUGCAGUUGAUCAGCAUUUGAUGUGUUUGAUUCAUUAUAUGAACACUGUCUGUUUUUAUAAUUUUUGUUAAGAGCUAAUUUCUGUAUUAAUUCAUUAGGGUUGACAUCUCAGGGUCCACGAAGUAGCAGUUGAAAAACUUAAAUCCAUUUGAUCUGAGUGCAAUAGCAAUAUUGCAGGCUUGUAUCUUUUGAAGAACCAAAUAUGUUGUGUUUUGAAGUAUUUUAAAAAGCACUGUAAAUUUCACCCAGUUCUACCAAAGGAAUGUGGGGGGGUGUUUAGUCUUAGAAGCUGAGUGUGGCCCUGGAAAAAAUUAUAAGACACCUGUAAUUGUCAGCACUAGUGAGCAGUUUUACAAUUAGGUAAGGGAAGUGCUGGUACUUGGGGGUUUUUUGGCAAAACCUCGUGGUCGUGCCUCUUGAUGUAGAGCGAUGUGUGCCUGUGCAAAGCUGCAUCAACAUUUGUAAGCAAGAUUUAUUUUCAAAAAACAGCUCAUGCAAACCCUGUAAAUGGGCCUUUAGAACUUUGUGUUGUCAAUUUAUCUGGUAUGUAAUGAUAUUUCUAAUAAUGAACUACCUGUAUGGCUCAGUACUGGUGAUGUUGCAUUGCGUGCUUCGUGCUAAUGUCAAGAAGGUUUACAGCACCUUUAUAAUGGCUGAUAACAAAUGACAAUUUGGCCUGACCCGUAUGCUGCAAGAUGCCUCUAGCCCAGUUGGAUUAAUUUUGUGAAAAAUCUAGAUGAGCAAGAAGUAUAACUAAUCUGCUUACUAGCACUGAAUUGCUCCUUUCUCAAAGCAAUAAAUAUAUUCAUGUUGUAACAUCUGUUGUGCAGCCUACAAUACGAGUUGUUUUGUUGCAUUGUUUCUAUAUAAUUUAUUUUGUGCAAUAAAAAAUCUCUGGUUU